CUGUCACACAAGCAAACAUUACAUCAAGCACGCAACCGAGUGUGCGAGUCCUGCUUGCGCAACAAGCACGAGUUUUCAAUCCAAACUAGGUCACACGAGAUGCUAUUUCCCGCCAGAGCACACACAUUAUGAAGUGUUAUUUCAGUUCUGCAGCCCCGCACAAAUCUUGAUCUCUUCCCAGACUAUUUCGCUGCUAUCACCUUCGAGAUGUUCGACCAGCUCCCCUGGCCCCACGACCCCUUUCGCCGUCUCCACUCCAAACAUUCCCCCUUCCCAUCCUAUCAUAACUACUCAGCCCCAAACAUCGACCCUUACAUGCACCGUUCUCGUCGCUAUCCGCGUGGUGAAACUCCUCAUCGCGCCCCUCUGUUUGGACAUCAAGCAAUCGAAGGGUCCGAGUUCAGCGACGAAGACAGAUCGGAUCACCGAUAUUAUCUCGACGAUAAAAGCCCACCUGACCACCGCCAGUCUUACCCCAGUCCCUCAGAACUCGAACUUCAACCAAACGUCAAAACAGCCUUCCGCUCCAUGCAAGUCAAGAUUCCCCAGCGAUCCGUAGACGCGUUGGGCCUUCGAAAAGAUGAUGUCCUUAUCCUUGCGCCUACGCUCACGCGCCUCAAAGUACAGAUUCGUUCCCAUCGCGCCACUGAGACGCUACGGGUGGCGGUAGCAAAGGAUAUGCGCUUCCGCGAUGUUGUUAAACAACUCUUGCCAGCAGCUCAUUCAGGAGAGGUACACGUGCACGUCAAGUUGAGAGGUGAAUGGAAGGAGCUUGACCCAAGUGCCAAGAUAGGUGAAGUCUCAGAAAUGGGUAGGUUCGCGAUGAAUGAGCGCAAGGAGGUCGAGGUAAAAAUGGUGGUGGGUGGUGGGCGAGGUGCGAAACGGGAUGAUAUGGGCUUUGGGGUGACAUUGAGAGGCGCAAAAGGAUGGGAGAGGGAGAUUGGAAUGGAGAGUUUCUGGAUAUGCUGAUGCCCGAUUAGCGGGUAUGUCCCACCAGUGCUUUCGCAUAGACUGAGUGGCUACCUCGAAGAAAUGGAGGACAGAAAUAAGUCUACUGCAGGGAGUCUCGAGAACUACAUCGAGCGUUGUUACUACAUACCGUAAAAUAGGAUAAACCCUAGCCCCAACACCUACCCACACGCGCCUACACGUAAAGAAAGGUAAACACCAAAUCCUAACAUUCCA